GGAGAAUUAUUUUUAGUUUAGCACACCAGAAGCUAGAAUCAGUUCAAUUUUUACUACGAUAUAAAAGUGGCGGGCUUAGGACAAACGGUAUCAUUCGAUUUUUCGGUAUUGUUUUGUUAACACCAUCAACUACAAGACAUUACAAAUAUGUACAAGUCUGCCAUCGUUAUUCUUGCCCUGGUUGGCGUGAUUGCUGCCAUGCCUCAGUACCACGGCCAGCAGCAUCAUCACGAGGAGGAACACCAUGGACCAGUGCACUAUGAAUUCCACUAUGACAUCCAUGAUGAUCACACCGGAGAUGUUCAUGGACGCAAGGAAUCCCGUAAGGAUCAUCAGACCCAGGGUGAAUACUACCUGAUCGAUGCCGAUGGUUAUAAGCGCACUGUCACCUACCAGGUCGAUGGCAAGAGCGGAUUCGUUGCUCAGGUCCACCGAGAGCCAAUCAAGGGAUACCAGCAGCCUCAGCACCAUCAGGUUCACAAGGUCGUUGCUGUUCCAGUUCACCAUGCCUACCAUCACUAAGAAAUUGAUCCUCUCAUUAGCUUGUUCUAAGUAGUCCAAUUCCAAUAAACCAAUGUACAUAAUUUUCAAA